UUUUUUCUAAAGAUACUUUUAAAAGGGGGUAUAUGUAAGUUAUUAAAGUACAAUUUCUAAUAUUGAAUAAGAUUUCCUAAAACAGUAGACUAUACAGGAGAAUAUAUUGAGGUAUCUGGAUGAACACAAAACAUUACACACAGGAGUAAAACAAUGUACAUGAAUAAUGACACAUACAGUCCAUAUGGAAAUAUAAUAACAAAAGAGUUUAUUAUAAAGAUAAAUAGUAGUUACUAACAUUUUAAAGAGGAUAUAUAAAAUUUCUAUCUAAAAUGUCAGAAAAUGCAUAUUUUGAAAAACAAAGAGAUUUGUUGCUUCAAGAAAUUGGAGUAUCUAUGGAAUCUGUUGUAUAUAAUCUUGAUACACUUAAUAGAUCAUUAGCAGGACUGGUGGCAGUAGGUAAAGAAUUUGAAGAUGUAGCAAGACUUUGGUCACAUUUUUAUGAUGGAUCUAAUGAACUUAAGAGGAAACAAGAAGAAAAUAGUAAAAAGGAAAAUGAAGAAGGUAAACAAAGUGAAGAUGGUGAAGUUGAAGAAGAUGAAGAAGUAAAGACUCCUUAAUUUCAAUAGAGUGACUAAAAAAGAAAAUAAAUGUUGGAUGUAAAUAUAUUUGUUACAUUUCUAAGAAGAGAAAUUAACAACAGAUUAAUAGUCAUGGCUAUAUUCUCAUAAUUAUUGCCACUUCUACAGAGACAUUGAGCUGAGAAUGAUUAAUCAACAGGAUGUAUAAUAAAAUAAGACCAUAGAUAGAGAAAUCAGUCUACAAAGUUCUUACGAGUUAGUUACAGGGCCCUCGUUUAUAUAUGAC